AUGCAUUCCAAGACGUUCGCGCUGGCUGUCCUGCCGUCGCUGACCAGAUGUCCAUACACCGCUGUGGAGUUGUUGGAUGCCCUCCAGCGCGGGUCUCUGCAUGGACCGCGAUGCGAGCCUCUGCAGUUUCCUUCCUCUCUUUUGGAAUCUCUGGGGCCGCGACAAGACCUCUGGCGGGAGAGAAAGGAACGCACACACCGGGCGAAGACCGCAGGUGAAGCGACGCACAGACGCUGCGAACUCGAACGCCUGUCGCGAGCUCUCGGCUGGCUGCAUGCAGGGAGCAACGGCAGAUCUGCAGAGAGCCGAAAGAAGAAGCGAGGACAAAAGCCGAGCCCCGAAGCCAUGGCGCCGGAAGCCAAAGGCCUCCGCAACGCGCCGAGCGCUGACGAAGCCUCAGAACCUGCAGAAGAAAAGGACAGACGAGAAGCAGCUGGGCAAGACCGAGAAGCGAGACACGAGAGAAGAGAGAAAGCGAGAGAACGGAGUGGUGGAGAAGAGAACGAGAGGGAUGAAAACGAGGGAGAAGAGAACGAGAGGGAUGAAAACGAGGGAGAAGAGAACGAGAGGGAUGAAAACGAGGGAGAAGAGAACGAGAGAGAGGAGAACAAGAAAAAGGAAACUGCGAGUGGAGAACAGGGGAGACACCAACGGGAGAGAGAGUCGACACACACAGGAGACACCGAGAGACGGGAAGAUGAGGAAAACCAGCAUAUGGCGACUGUGAACGAAAGACAGGCAUCUUCGGAGGAAGAAAGAGGUCUCGUGUCUACUCACUGCCUCUCGCGUUCCUCAUCGCGUUCGAUUCCAGCACGGGGAUCGACGAAUUCGUAUGCUACAGACGACAAAGAACUAUUGGAAGAUGGGAGAAAUGGUUCUCUUGUGUCGCGCUUUUUCUCCGAGACCACGCAUACAGUCCCUGCGUCUUGGAUGAAUCCUCUCUCUGCUCACUCGCGACCCUUCAGUCAGCUGAGGGGACGUCCAGCAACUUCCUUUUCUUCUUCUUCAGCUUCAACAUCGUUCAACGCAGUUGCUGUCAGUGAAGAGGGAGACGCGUUGUCUCUUCUCCUGCCGACAGCCGUUCUUCGUCCUUCUUCUCCGAAGACCGACUUGUUCUUGUCGCGUUCUCGACACGAAAACGAAAAAACCAACGAAAAGCGAGAGACAAGCGAAGCAGCGUUUCCUUCCUCUUCUUCCUCCUCUUCUUCUUCCUCUUCUUCUUCCUCUUCCUCUUCUUCUUCUUCCUCCUCCUCCUCUUCUUCUUCCUCUGCUGGCUCUCGUUCCCUGCUGAGACCCCGAUGGAGGCCGCGUCGGUGGAGCAGCAGCUUCCGUGUGAGAGCCGACGAACAGACCAUCGAGGGUGGAAGAAUGCCCAGCGCCUCGAAAGCAACAAGUUUCCAAGGUGUCUCCUGUCGGCCUCCGGCGCGCCUCGCUUCACAGACGGACGUUUCUUCAGCGCGCCAGCGGGCAACGCUCCUCGCCAGAAGCGGGCGGUCGACGCGGACUGCUGGCCAUACUUCCUCGGCUUCCCCUUCCUCCUCUGCCGUUUUCUACUUCUCUGGACGUCGACCUCUGCACACAGGCGCUGGCGUUUCUGAUCAGACUGAGCAAAAGCGCGUACGAGAGAAAAGCCGAGGCGGCGAGAAAGAACGAGAAGGCAGAGGCGUUCAAAACUCUGUUGGGUCGAGCACAGAAAAGAACGCAGCGGGGCAAACCGCGGAGAGAGGCCGAGUGAGAGUCUUCCUCUCAAGGCCUUCUUCCGAACGAACUCGGGGGGAGCUCGUCAAACGCAUUUCCUUUCCUCGGGGAAGCGAACGAACGCGUCCGAACUUCGCGGCAGCGAAAUCAGAGAAAGCCAAGUGCGGCGAAGAUUCUGAAGGCGAAAAAGAAGGUUCAGAACGAAAGUCAAAACGGUGCAAGGGAAGGCGACAGGACAGCGGACAUGAGGCGACAGAACUCGACCGGGACCGGAGAGACAAGUCGCCAACUGUCGCGGAGGUUCGGCCGGACCUCGCGUUUGCAGAGAAAAACCGGAACGAAAAGGGAGACCCAAGUCCACUCGGUGUCCACGAGAAAGAGAGUCGAAGCGUCUGCAUGCGUGGAUGCGCCUGCGUGCCGUCGCGUCGCCUUCAAGGUCACGGAGCUCUUCCUUCGAACGCUGCUUCACCCUCUCCUCAUUCGUCGCCUUCCGCUUCCCCCUCGUCUCGAGGCUCGUUCGCUCCCGCCGAGAACGCCGCGUUCCUCCCGGGGGAACAUCCACGCGCAGACGAGCAGCGAAGGAAUAGGCGUCACGUUGCGCUGCUCACGCUUUCAGGAACUAGAGGUCAAGAAGCUGCGCUUGCAGUCCCUGUUCUGUCUGAAAUUUGCAAUCCAAAAGCGAUCCUCGGAACGCCGGACGAAGACGCCUGGCUCUCGCCUUCAGAGCGUUUCGCCCAGCAGGCAACCUCCCUCGGAGCUGUUGAGGAGCCAGCGGAAACGGAGACGCAGGUAGACAGUGAAGGCCGACGAGAGCCGGAGCCUGGAGACACAGGCAAAGGCGAGAGAGCUCCGGCAGCAGCCAGAGCGAGAGAAGACAGGCGAAAGAGGAGAGAGAGGAGAGAAGAAGACACGGUCAGGCGACAACAAAAAUGGGAGGGAGGAGGCUCAGGAGAGAGAGACGCAGAGAGAACGAAAAGACGAGGCGCGGAAUCUCCGUGUAGAUCAAGGAAGAACGCGCCACGGUCUCAGCAGAGACGAGGAGACGGGAGACAGGAAGAAGACGACAGAGAACGCGAAACGCUGCGUCUCGUGAGAGAAAAAGAUUUGCAACUGGAAGUGAUUCGUCUGCGCUCCCUUCUGAGGCGAGCCCUAGCGUGGCGAACUCCCAGAGAAUUCAGUGGGGAGAACUUUCACCCGAUGCACAGUGCCGCCGUCGGCGAUGAAGACUCACUCCAGACUCGGCACGCCUGCGAGAAUUUGCAGCCUAGCCACACAAGAACUCCGAGAACCAUCGCUGACUGCCUUUCUCCCUCUCGCUUUUCCCCAACUUCCAGUACCGCUUCUCGUCUUCGCCCGUCGCCUCCGUCUGUCUCUCCUUCCUGCAUGCUUGCGUUGUCGAACAAGGCUCCUCUGUCUCCUCGGUGCCACCCUGCGACCAGUCGGGGGACCGUGCUGCGCUGUUCUGCGCAGAGAUGCGAGACGAAGGACGGCCGACGGCUCUUGGCGUCUCAGAGUCGUUCUUCGUCUCCACCUGUAAAGACGAGAACUGUCUCUCGAAACGGUGCGCGGAAGACAGGUCCUCGGUCUGCGUCGUACACCCACCCUGCGUCUCUCUCUCCUCCGCCCUCGGCCUCCGGCGUCGGCUCUGAGCUGCCGAGAGAAGAAAGACGAAAAAACGCGAAACCGGCAGGUCGAACGCAGUCCCUUCCUCCUUGCGCGUCUGUCUCUGUUGGGAGCUCUCGUCCACCUCGCGCUUCGCUCUCGCCACGAAGAGAGAGACAGUGUUGUCGAGCGCGAAGAGACGCAGAGAACGCAUGGACGCAGGGGGAGAGAGACAGAGACAGGGGAGGGAACAGCACACACCGGUCGCGGGAAGGCUGGAGUCCCGACGCAAGGCGCGAACGCGUUUCACCAGUUCCUGAAGAAGCCUUCUGUUUCAGUGACUCUUCUCCACAUCUUCACUGUCAUCACGCAUGUCACCCUCGACGCCAAAGAGAGGCGCGAGCUGCCUCGGCGUCGCAGAGUCGACUCGACCUGUUCCACCAUAGGAACCUCACAUUCAAAAUUCCUCCUCCUGCCUCGUCUGAGAAUCCUUCCUCUCGCGCCUCUGCUGCCUCUCGAGUGUCUGCAGCACCGCCUUCGCCGGCGUCCACAUCCGCCUACGUGUACUCCACGCGCUUAGACGGGUGCUUCGCCUGCAGUCCUCGAGCGCGUCGAGAACAAUACGAACAGGACUUGAAAUUCAAAGGUCGCGUCGUCCCUCGAACGCGCGCUCGCGAGAUCCGCGAUGCAUGUGCAAAGGCCGAGAGAGAAGAAACUGUCCGGCGCCGAGAGAGGGAAAGAACGCUUCGUGAAAAGAAAGACCAAGAACAUGCAGACGUCUCUGGGACCCGCAAAAGACAAGAGACGCCCGAUUCUCGCGGACGAGACCAGACACCUUCGGUCUGUCCAGAGAGACGGAGACAGCGACGAAGUCCGACAGGUGAGGCAGCGGCGACAGCACACGAGCGAGAAGACAGUGCGUGGGUUCAGACAGAAUUUGUGUAUGACCAAGAGGAUGCAAACGGAUGCGGGAACUACUCGGCGCCGCUUCCCGGAAGCGACAAGGCAUUCCUAGACUCAUACAAACGAGAGGCGAGGCUCAGGUCCGCGUCGUCAAGGGACGAGGUCAGGAGAGAGGAGGAGACUCGCGUUCCCGACGAAGAGAGGGAGAGAGCAGAGAAGAAGGCGGUGCCACCAUCGACUCGGGAGUCCAGAUGUUGUCACAAAGACACAAGAGAGAAGGAGGGUCCCUGUCGCUCCGAGACAGGAAAACGCGCUUCUGCUCGCGCGCCGGAAGCCUUUCAUUUCCUCCGAAAUGGAGAAGGCGAUGCCGGGAAAGGUUCGGAAGAAGCGUCGAAGAACGCGGCUGUUUCCUCGUCGACUGCACCGCGCGAGAGAACGCAUUGCAUGCAAAAGACGACCCACCCGCCGGUCCAGUCUCAGCUGUGCUUCAUUCCGCGACGCUUAGGCAGCGCCAUAACAACGGCACGAGCCAUCCACGAACAGGGAGGAGAAAAACGAGGCGGCAGGUGCGAGGAGACUCUGGAGUCUCUAAAGCAAACGGAGAGAAGAAACCGGAGGACCACUGUUUUGAGGCAGACAGCCGGACCGAGAGCCGCGAGCCGCUCUGGACGCCGACCUUUCCUCUCUGACGAGAAGGCAAAGCACAGUCCGCAUCGAGGAAGGACGGAGCUCGUCUGUCGGCUGGACGGAAGCAACUCAGUCGACCGACGAUCUGUCUCUCCUCGACGCCCGCGCUGGGAGAGAGGCAAGGACGAGAGAGAGCAGAGCGCGCGGAACAAGUCGCGGAGGGAAGCCGCGGAAGAAGCGGAGAGUCGAGCGAACGGAGACUUGGAUAGGAAGCAGGCAGAAGCUGUGUCUCGCGCGAUUCAGUCCCCAGUGUCGGUCAACGUCGUGGAGAAAAACGCGAAGAAACUCCUUCACAGCAUGCAGCGAGAGCUAGGGCACCGUGCGCCGAGUCUUCUUCCUGUCCAAGCCAAACUGCAGCAACUUGUAGAAGUUAGUUUCUCCUUCUUGUCUGUCUUUGUUUUGAGGCGUCUGGAGCAGUCGGGAAACUCUGGACAUCUCAGAGGAUUUCGGAGGCUUCCUUGUGUUGUCGGUUCAAAAGUCUCAGAAAAACGUCGAGCCCGCGUCUUCGGUUCAGUUGAGAGGAAGUCGCAGAAAUCAGGCGCUUUUCCGUAG